AUAAUCUGGUAACGUUGGUCAGCUGGGUCCUGUCAGCAGCCACAGAGCCAUAACAAGGGACACUCAGGGCCAAUAAACCUUCCAAAGUCUUCCGGUGACACGCCCCUCUGACUCCCCGAGGCUCCUGACGCUCCUAGACUGCAAGAGGAGCCUGUGAGGGGUUUAGGGACCGGCUGCAUUGCCCUACAUAUGCUUGUGCCAUGAUGUAUCUCUACAAUGACUGAAGUUGGGAGCAGUUUUGGACUUCUGUCACUGGCAAGCACACAUGGCUGGCGACAGUGCCAAUACUGCCCAGGACACUCCUUCAAGCUGCCCAAUGAAUUUAUCAAACACAUACGUGAGUGCCACUGUACUAAAGAGGGCGGCAGCUUCGUGUGCCGUUAUGGGUACAAUGGUGUGUGUUCCUCUCUGCCGCUGGAAGGUGUGAGUGACCAGGACUAUGAAGACCAUGUACUAAAACACCAUGCCUUCACCAUGCAUGCAAAAGGGAGCCCCGGGGUGAUAGCCAAGCCGCAGCCGGGGUCAGGCGAAACUGAGGAAAAAUGGGGUGUGUUUUCCUCUACGCAGAAUGUGCCAGCUGUGCUCAACGACCCCAGGAAGGGAAUGAAGCGGGACUUCUUCACCAAGACAUGGGGAGAGAGUUUUGUGGAAGUGCGGGAAAUUCCCCCCCAUGUGACUCUUCCUCAAGUCACCCCUAAGCACAUUGAGUCCUAUGUCAGACGUCUGAGGCGGCGGCAACGGCUCCUCUCUCGCCUCGCAUCCCUCCAGGCUGGCAAGGCUCAGGAGGAGGCUGAGGAGCGGUCCCUAGAGCCCAGUCCAAGGGUGAGUGACCAGCUGCCUCAGGAGGGCAUUCCUUCUACUUUCCUCUCAAGCUCUUUUAACUUGGAGGAUCCAGAAACCUUCUAUACUGUCUUCCCCCACAUCACCUCAGCUGGUGUCUCCACUAAGAAUUCCAAGAUCAUUCAGGAAAAGCUGUUCCACCACUUGGAGGGAGUGGAACUUGACAUGAGCAGACAGAUUGCCCGGAAGUCAUCAGCUUUCUUUGAAACCAUGACCUACCUCAACGCUCAGAUGGAACAACUCAAGCUCAACCAUGCUGCAGUCUCUACACUCAGAAGAGGCAUAUCCAUGUUGCACCAAAAGGCUGCCCUGGAGCCCAUGAAGCUCCUGGCUCUGCCUAGGAGGAGAGAGAAUAUUGCUGCAACCUGCAAGAAGCUGGAGAUGAUGAGUGCUGUGCGUGAGGUUCAGUCAACCAUCCAGGAAAUGUUGGCACGGCAGGAGUUCACUGCAGCCCUUGACCUCAUCUCCACCACCCAAGAUCUCCUCCACUCUGAGCUUAGCACUAUCAGGAGUCUCAAACACCUGAGCUCAGAGCUAUCGGAGCAUGAGAAGCUGAUCGACAAGAUGGUGAGUGCCGACUUUACCAAGUACAUCACGGAAGACCUCAACCGCCCCUUGGAUGACACUCGGCCACUACUGGAGGAGGACCAGCUGAUAGCAGUAGUGUUUGGUGUCCUUCGGCUACAGAAGUUUGAUUUCCUGGACAACUUGCGGGAAGAGAUCUAUACUGCCAUCAAAGCCACAGUGAAGCAGGCUGUGGUGGAGGCAGUGAGUGAGGUGGAGGUGGACCAGGAGGCAGCAAGUGUAGCAGACCAGGCGCGGGUGCUUACCAUAUCCGCCUGGCUGACCCUGCUCUCCUCCGUCACGUCCAGGCUCAACGUUGUGAUAGCCAGGGUCAAGGGCAUUGUGGAGGUGAUGAACCAGACAGUGCAGGCAAGUGCUGGCACCACCCAGCCCACCAUGGAGGGCAUCCAGGCUGCAUCACUAGUCACCAUGAGCAGUUCAGAUGGGGAAACUAUGCUGGGAGAGGCAGCGUGCAGUCGGGUGCUGGGGGGCCUCAGGGAAGUGCAGUGUGCUACCUGUGACUAUGCACACGACCGCUGCGCCAAACUGCUGCACGCCAGAUCACGGGACCAUGGGCUGGACAAGAUGACAGCCAGCGAGUUCCUGACACUGUCGCGCAUCAUUGAGGAGUUUGUAGCUGACACAGAGAAGGUGUGCGGCCGGAAAAGCACCUCAUUUAGGAUGGGGCUACAAGGACAGGCUACCCGAUUUGUGGCACGUUUCCAUGAGGAGCGCGAUGCCCGGUACAAGUUGAACAUGAACAACGAGAGGUGGCGGGCGGUUCACGCUCCCCCUGACCUCCAGCGUCUCCUUGACCACAUAUCAGCCACAGACACACUAGUCACUCCACCAGCAACCAAGAAUAGCAGUGAGUCCUCAACCUCAAACACUACCAACAACAAUGUUCCCACCAGUGCCACCACAGCAAAUGGCAUCAAUGAGCAUAAUGAGACCUCUAUCACCACCAAUAGUGCCAGCGUUAUUGGUGGCAGUGGUGGAGGGGUAAUAGUUAACGGGGAGGAGUACGUGGUGGUAGGGGUUUGUGUGGUGGUGGUGCGGUUGGUGGUGGAGUACAGUGAGUGUGCCUCCACCUUACGCCUAGCAGCCCUUCAACUCCUGACGCGCCUGACAGAUGUUUUGAGGAGAUUCAACACAGACACUUGCAGGCUGCUCAUUGAGGCUGGUGCUGUGGCACUGGGACUGAAGACCAUCACUACUCGCAAUCUGGCAUUAGCAUGGCGCUCCCUGCAGCUACUGCUCACCCUCAUGCCACGCAUCAACACCCACUUCUCUGCCCUACUCAAACCUGCCAUCGUUGAGAAGAACAUUGAACAGGUAACAAGGGAUUACAAUCUACACUGUGAGGCAAUAGAGGAGAAGAUCGUGGGUGUGAUGAGCGACACACUGGAGAGACAGCUGUCCAUCUGGGAGGCACGCUCACCUGUCCCCUCGCCCUCAUUCAGUGGCAUACUAAAGGCCCUCACCAAGCUCCAUGAAGCUGUCUCUGGGAUCCUUCCACCCAACCAGAAAUAUCAGUUGUUUGAGAAAAUAACUGAAUCCCUCAAGAAGAAACUGAAAAUCCAUUUAGUGAGGCUUAACGUGUCUUCAGUGGGGCCUCAGAGCUGGGUCGUGACAAGUGAGUUGACCUUCUACUUCAACCACCUAGAUAGUCUGGGCCUGAGUGGGGUGGUGACUCAAGAGCAGUUCACACAAGGGCUGUGGCCUCCACGGUGAAUCUUUUCUUUUUCCUUCUUUAAAUCCUGGUUGAUCUUGCCCCUCUCCCUAUUGUAUCCUAUUGUUCUUCCUCACCCACCAGCCUCCACCUUGCACUGCUCUUUCUACCCUUGUUAUUUCUGUAUCUUUCCCCUCUUCCAUAUUAUACUUCUCUUUUCAUGAUCCUAUUCUGUCACUCUUCUUGUUUUCCUUCCUUUCUCUUCCUCCUCCUUUUCCUUGUUCUUUUUCUUGUUCUAGUUCCCUUCUUCAGUCAUCCAGGAGAACCAGAAGUGCAAAGAUUUUAUGUAACCCAACAUCAUAACGUUCCAAGUGAGCCAGUGAAGGAGUGAGUGUGAAUGAGUGGGUGGCUGAGUGAGUCAUGGAUGUGAAAUGAGUUAGAAGUUCCUCAGUUGUUUUGGUCUGUUGGACUUUGAUGUGUUUAAUUUGGUACUGUAGUUUAUUUUUUAUGCAAUAUUAUUAUUAUUAUUAUUAUUAUUAACAUUAUUGUUUUAACAUUGUUUUUAACAUGCAGUAUUGUAAUCACAAUCAUUACUUAUCAUUAUUAUUAUUAUUAUUAUUAUUACUAUUAUUAUUAUUAUUAUUAUCAUCAUUAUCAUCAUCAUCAUCAUCAUUAUUACCAUCAUCAUUAUCAUCAGCAGCAUCAUCAUAGCUGUUUGUGUACUUGGCUAGGGAUGUGUCUCAGUUAGAUGUACAAGGUUAUUUUAUCAUUAUCAUACAAGGUAAUGCUAUCAUAUACUUUCAUUGUUAUCAUUCUUAAGAGUCAUAUCAAUCAUUAUUUUUCAUAGACACUUAGAGUAGUACCUUCAGUGACCGAAGAUAAUAUACUGUCCACUGUAUUACCACAUCGGGGCUGCUAAAAGUUGUGAACUGCAUACACAUUAUUAACAUGUUGCAUGGGGACGUACAUAAAGAAUUGUUGAGCUUUAUUUGAUCAUAUAAAUUGAUGAGUGAAGCAUAACCAUUUGGGAACAACAAUGGGAUAAAAACAAGUAAGAAUACUUUCUGUGCUUAUGCUCCACUUCUCUCUGUCUCAGCACUUCCAUCCAUUCCUCUCCCACAAUUGCCAUGGUUAAGAUGGGUUAUGCAGUUGAAAUAACAUUUAUUAUUAUUUUUUUACUUCUCCCCCCCACACACCCAUAUUUUUUAUUUACAUACUGCACUGGAAGAGAUUGAUAAGACUGUUCACAAUUUAAGAAAUACUAAACAAGUGUAAAUAUGGAGACUGGACACCAUGAGCAUGGCUCAGACCCAUUACAUUAUCACUAGGUAAAUACACACACACACACAGCCACACAUAUGCUGUUUUUAGAUUUUCUGUUUACUUGAGACUGUGCAUAAAUUACAUUUACGAAGAUUCCAAAGUUUUUGGUUGUUAUUUCCAUUUGAACAAGUAAACAGUCGAACAAGUAAACAGUCUGAGUAUGUAGUGUAAGUAUGGUGUGGCUACAGGAGGAAGGAAGUGAUUCUUUUUCACCAGGAAUAUGUCUGUUUGCCUGAUUCUUGGUCCUCAAGCCUCUGGUGAUUAAUAACAGGAAGCGUGCUAGACUUCACAUUACAGUUUUUGGCAUCCUGUAUGAUGAAAAAUAUUUUGAUAUUACUUUCACUUGUGUAUGGGAUCAGUUUGUUUCUUGCAAAAAGACUAAGAACCUCAGAUUAGGAGCUGAUGUGCUUUGUGUGGCUGUGUGGGAUUACUGUUAGUUGUUUUGUAGUGUAGUUUGCAGAUUAUUGUUUGUCUGAGGCUGCAAUGGUGUUAAUCUAUCAGUCAGUUAAUUAUCAGUCCAGCAUGUGAAAUUCAACAUAAAAAGCAGGUGGCUGGUUUCGAGUUGUUCGUCGAAUGUGGAAAUAUAUUCUUUUGUUCAGACAUUAUAUCCGGAAGAUAAUUAAGACUGUGGGAUUGAUUUUCUAGUCAGCUAUAAGGACAAAAUUCAAUUCAAUAUAUUUAUUCUCUUCAGGAAAUUAACCUUCAUAUUCUUUCCUUUUAGCUAUGUAGUCCACGUGUAAAUAAAGAAUGUCUUUCCCACACACCCAGCCGUUGAACAAGACUUGCCAUAUUAAGGCAGUUAAUGAAAAAUAGGAAUAGGAGCAGUGGAGAGGUUUCUUCUUCACUAACUCAGCUAUUGAACAAAACCUAAUGUAAUACAGUAAUUUAAAAAAACAGGCAUAAUAAAUCCCAAAGAAAUAUAUACAUAUCCUUUAAGAAAAUGUCUUAUGGUGCUUUAUGUAUUAUGUGUGUAUAUAUAUAUAUAUAUAUAUAUAUAUAUAUAUAUAUAUAUAUAUAUAUAUAUAUAUAUAUAUAUAUAUAUAUAUAUAUAUAUAUAUAUAUAUAUAUAUAUAUAUAUAUAUAUAUAUAUAUAUAUUUAUAUUUAUAUAUUUAUGUAAAGAGUAAAACUUCUUUUAAGUCAGCACAAUGAGGGCAGAGUCUUGUUGACUUAACCAAACAGCAGUUUUGACGACCUAGAUAUUUUAACAUUGGUAAGUGUCCUCUACCAACAUUUGGUAUUCAGAAAAGUGUGCAGAUUCAAUAACCACUUGCUUACUUUAGCCUCAUUUUUUAUAUUUUUUGUGAUUAUAUUAAAAUGUAAUACAAAUUUAUACUAUUACGAUGCAGAAUAUCCCUGGCAAGGCAAUGAUUAUCUCAUUUUUCUUAAUGUCAAGUGGUUGUGUUAGGAAAUCAUUUAAGAGUUAAGUCUGUGAAGUAGUCAGUUGUGGAUCACCAGCAUGUUGGCCACAGAUUUGUGUGUGGCAGCCAUCAUGCAGUGGAUAUGGCUGUAUGCACUUUAAUAAACUCUCUGUUAGAUGAUUAAACACGAAAGAUGCCUUUGUAACUAUGCAUAAAAAUGUAAUUUUAGCUUAUCCAACAAGAUGUUUGUUUCAUAUUGUAGUCAUUUGCAGCAGCUUCUCACUCACAAACUUCUAAUAUCACUCACAUUCCUUGUUAUAAAUUUCCAUUUGCACAUUAGUAAAUAUCUCCUAUGAAUUCCUCCCAUCAGUAAACAAUGCAACCAAUUCUAUGAGAAAAUUUGCAAGUUCUCACAAGUACUAUGAUACAAUAAGCAAUGCAGCCAAUUCUGUGAGGAAUUUUGCAAGUUUUCACAAGUACACAAGUAGGCUACAGCCUUCAGAGUACACAAUGUUGUGCCGAUUGGAAAAAGUUUGAUUUAUCAAAGAGGCCUUUUAGUCUCCAAUAGAUGACACAUAGGCAUCUAAAGACUACUUUUUCCAACUUUUCUUAUUGUUAUUUGUCACUCUGGCCACCAUGACUACCAUGCUGAGUUUGGAUCUCAAUAGAUGGCACAUUGACAAUUUAAGGAUCACCUUUUUCAUCUUUUUUUAGCAGUUAAAAAGUUAUACAAUUUUUUGUUAAUAUUUUUUGUUGGCUGACAUGCAGUUUCCACUUAAAGAAUGCUGACUUAGAGGUUUUACUGUACAUAUAUGUACAUACAUGUUCUAAACCAAGUAGGUGUAUAGGUUUAUCCUUUAAAAUUUUGUUUUUUUCGUUUUGAGAAAGGAUAUGUAUUAAAAAGUUUGUUUUCAAAAGUGAUUUGUGAGUUCUCUUAAUACCAUAUGAAGUUCAUAUAAAAGAAUAUAGACAGUAAGAAAUUAUAGAUGGAGAACAAUUUGAUAGGUUAAUUUUAAAACUUUUGAGUUGAUUUAUAAAAUGUACGUACAGUUUUAUGAGUUAGUUUAAAGAAAAUAGCAUUUAAAGGGUAAGUUAUGAGGCUAAUAGCUUGAGAAAUUACUUUUUUUUUUUCUUUUUCUAUUCAGCAUGAACAGUUUGAGCUUUUAAGCCUUUAAGAUGAAGAAAGAAUGCGAUUUGCACAUCAUAGCAAUUUUUUGGUAAUUAUGCUUAAAGUAAAAGGAAUUAACUUAUAUGUACACUAUUCCCAUUCUGGUGUUGCAAUACAAAAAAUAUGAUUAACGUAGCUAUGUAUAAACUUUAUCAGUCACUUUAUAUCCAAAUAUCCUCAAUGUCUUGAUACAUUCGCCCACUUCAUUUAUCUGUUUAAUCACCUUCUCCCCUCCCCUCCGUCCCUCAUUAAGUUGCACCCUCAGUGCCCUCAUCUUUGCAUUUCUUCUCCCCCUCUGCCUAUCCACCCUUAUGUUCUUUCACCCAGUCACCCUCUGUGAACAUUUAUGCUUCAAUGGUCCACCACAUCAUCUCACAACUGUUGUCCAAUCCUUAGACUUUCAUAUUUCCAUUCAUCACUCUGUGCACUAUUCUAGACCCCAUACAAAGCUAAUAAAAUUAUUUUACUUGGUUUACUCAAAGCACAAAUAAAUACCAUGUCUAGGUCCAUACUAACUAACUAUAAAUCAGCAUGUUGCUAUUAUGGCCCAGGAUGCAGAAAUGAACUUUUACGGUCUUGAGCCAUGGGGUACCUUUCCUUUGUCUCGAUGCUAGUGUUCGCCUCCUGUCUUGAAUUGUUGAAUAAAAACGUUUAUUGCAGGUAGAUCAAUUCCUCACAUGCUUCAAGAAGUGGCAGUUCCCCUCAUUAUUGUGGUGGGCAUCCAUUCCUGUGCUUUGCUUAUCCCCAUGAAGUGGACUGAAAUUGGAAUGGCUCGCAUCUCACAGUGGGUUUCAGAGGUCUUUCUACCAUAUCUGUAUCGAAGCACAAAAAAAUUAUCUAAAUAGGAGAAGGGAAACCAUAUGAUGUCCUGAGAUAUGAAUGAGGAUACUGAAGGCUGUAAACUGUGAGUUACCGUUUGACUUGACUCGUGUCCACCUUGCUUCUCAAGGGGCCAGGUUUUUUGAAGAAACAUUAAUCCUGAGUAGAUAAUUUUUUUAUGUGCUUCAAGAGGUGGCACUUCCCCCCAUUACUUUGUCUAUAUAGUUAUCAUAUUGAAUUAUUGCUAUUAAAAUUAUCAUUAUUAUUUUUCAUCUUCUUUUUUUUAUUAUUGUUAUUAUCAUUAUUAUUAUUAUUAUUAUUAUUAUUAUUAUUAUUGCUGAUGACUAGACACAAGCAAGGCUUGCCAUAGGUUUUGUUGAAGCUUUGUAUCUUUUAUUGUCUGUAGCUGGGUAUGUAUUCUUGGAUUUUACUUCAGAAUUAAGUGGAAACUGAUGGUGCACAAGGGUCAGAUUUCAAGAUUGAUAGAGAAAACGUAUCCCCACAGAUAGAAUUGCACAGAAACUGCUUAAUAAGGACAAACAAGCAGACAAACCUCAUCUUUACUCUUACCCAUUAUUAUAAGAGGAAAACAUUGUCUAUUCAGAAUAGGUUCACCUGUUAGGUAUUGAAUGACACUUGUACAGCCAGUAAUGUAGUCGUGCCACAUAAAUCCUGAAAUCAGAUACUUCAUCCCAUAUGAACUUCUACUACUUUAUUCCUAAGUUUUCAAGAAUACAGAUAUUGCUUGUAACUUAAUGAAGUCUCGAGGUACUUAAAUGCAUGGGGGAACUUGUUUCAGAGUUGUUAAAACUCUCCCUAGAUGAGGCAAAACUUUUUUAAAGAUAUCGAGGUACAACAAAACAGGUCAAGAGGCAAUGCACUUGUGUGAUGGAUUGGGAUUCACUUCUUUAUUUUUAGAGUUCCAUAGCAGGGUGUGUGGUCAUACCUGUGUUACCUUGUGGAAAGUCAUUCCCAUAUGGCAUAUGAUAACCAGCCCAUUGAUGUUACAAGUGCAGUUAUCAGUAAAGUAUAUUUGUAUAUUUUAUUAAUAGUUUUUCUAUAGUCUUUCUCAUUAGUAUAAUUUUUUGUUUGCAAUUUUACUAUAUCCAAAUCACAUAGUUUGUUUACAAUAUUGAGGAAGAAAACUAAAGAAAACAACAGCUCCUUUACUGUCUGAACUUUACUAAACAAGGUUUUAAGGAUUUUCUAUCCAUCAGAAUGUCCUCAAGUAAUUUCCAGCCUUAUAUCAAUAUUGCUUAUGUAUUUAAUAAAAACAUUGUCUGGUGCUGUGAUUACAACACUAGUCCUGAGAGAGAGAGAGAGAGAGAGAGAGAGAGAGAGAGAGAGAGAGAGAGAGAGAGAGAGAGAGAGAGAGAGAGAGA